AAGAGACCAGUGUUGAUUAGGUCGUGACAGCGGUGUGUAAUUGUGUUUCGCUGGCAACAAAAUGGACGGAUUUAUGAUGGACAUCAUCAAGGGCAUGUGUAUCAUGGACAACGACGGCAACCGGAUUCUGGCUAAAUACUACGACAAAAACAUAUUGUCCACGUUGAAAGAGCAAAAGGCGUUUGAAAAAAAUCUAUUCAAUAAAACGCAUCGCUCCAGCACUGAAGUCAUUAUGCUCGAUGGACUGACGUGUGUUUACAAAAGCAACGUGGACUUGUUUUUCUACGUGAUGGGCAAUGCCUACGAGAAUGAGCUAAUAUUGCUAUCGGUGCUAAAUUGUCUGUAUGACUCCAUAAGUCUCAUACUGAAGAAAAACGUUGAGAAGCGUCUGGUGCUAGAUAACCUAGAGAUCAUCAUGCUGGCAUUCGAUGAGAUCUGCGAUGGCGGCAUCAUUCUGGACGCGGAUCCGUCUUCCGUGGUGAAACGCGUCGAUCUGCGCAACGAGGAUAUUCCCAUUGCCGAACAGACCGUUGCUCAGGUUCUCCAAUCGGCGCGCGAGCAACUCAAAUGGUCCAUAUUGAAAUGAGGACGGGGUCGGAGAGGAGGCCAAGAGCAGUAACACUGUCAGCAAGCUGUCGCAAUACAUUCGAUUUGUUUAUUAACUUCGCGUAGACUAUAAUAUUAUACACAUAAACAUAUAUAUCUAUUAUACCAGAGACAAUGUCGUUUCUUUCGCACAUCAAAGAAAGUUUUGCUGUAAGCCAAUUCAUGUGUACAAUAUACAAACAAGCGCUUUUAAAGACUACAAGUAAGGUGUAAAAUGGUAAUUUACAAUAAAGUUUUCUAUGUGUAGUUGAAACUACGAUUAACCGAA